AUGAAUUCAAGAAAAAGAAAAUUGAUUCAAAAUUGUUUAGCUACAGUUGCAAAUGGAUUUGUAACUGAAGUAGCUGAAGCUAUCGAUGAUGAGGUAAACAAACAAAGAAAGGAGUGGAUGAGAGAGUGGCUUAAAAGAAGGAAUACACACGGGGCCUCAGCUCUUCUGCUAGGAGAACUAGCCUUAGAGGAUGAGUUGGAAUAUAAGAUGUGUCUAAGGAUGACCCCAGCGAAAUUCGAAGAACUUCUUAAUAUGGUGCAUGACAAAAUCGAACGACAAGACACAUUUAUGAGGGAUGCAAUAAAACCAAGAGUGAAAGACGACUGGAAUACUGUGGCUGAGGGUUUUAAGGAGCAUUGGAACUUUCCAAAUUGCUGCGGGGCUGUAGACGGCAAACACAUUUUAAUUAAGGCGUCUGCCAAUUAUGGCAGUAAAUAUUAUAAUUAUAAAGGGCAGCACAGCGUGGUACUUAUGGCUGUUGUUGAUCAUAAAUACUGCUUCAGCUAUAUCAACGUUGGUUUUAAAGGAUCUAAUUCAGAUGGAGGUGUGUUUCAAAAUUGCGCAAUAUAUGAAGCAUUAGAGAACAAUCUUCUACCCGAUGGCCUAUUCCUUGUUGGGGACGAUGUAUUUCCGCUGAAAAUGUACCUGAUGAAGCCAUACAGUGGGUACCGAAGACAUCUUACCGUAAAUGAACAAGUCUUCAAUUACCGCUUGAGCAGGGCAAGAAGAAUUUCAGAGAAUGCAUUCGGAAUAUUAGUUAGUCGUUUCCGGGUUUUCGAAAGACACUUAGCCGUACAGCUAACAACAGUAAAUAAAGUAGUUAACGCAGCCUGUAGCCUUUAA